AUGGUUCAAAAAGAUUUGAAAUCAAAAGCAGGGCUCGACGUAAACCGAAAGAAGCAAAUACAAAAACACAAACUGAAGCAACUCGCAGAAUGCGACGAGAUUGUUUCUUCGGAAACUGUGAAUGCUAUCGGUCGAGUUACAGAUGUUGUUCGAGCCGCUGAUGACAAUGCACCGAGUAGCGAUGAGCUCGACGAAGAUCUCGAAGAGCAGCACAAAGACCUAAAUUUGUAUCUCGAUUUGCCAAAUGAUACGUAUUCCCUGACCGCGAUCAGGCCAGAACUUCCAACCUGCGUUAGAUAUGGUGUUCGUGAAGGGAUGACUCAUAUUAACAUGCCAAAGUUUUCACCAUUGUCCAGGGGUCAUCAGGGUGGAGCAACAGCGAUCGCGGCGUUUGCGACAACAACAGUUUAUAAAUCCCGUUGUUGGAACGAGGCGGUUAUCGAUCAGAUUAUCGAAGAUGGAGAUACGUUUUAUUGUGAAUCAUAUAAAGACAUAAACACGGACGAUCGACGAAUGCUAUCGAUCCUCGAUUUAAAGAGGACUAUAUGCGUGCAAGGCAAGUUGACCGUUAACGUUAGCAUCGAGGAGGCUGCAUACGCUGGCAAAUUUCGCUCUACAGAGGUGACGGAAUUGCAUCUGGUCAAAGCCUUGGAUUUAUUCUUUAAACGCUACAACGCUGGUAUUUUGGCGUCAUCAGUAUUGAACGUGGCGAUUUGGAAAGACUCGAAGUAUUAUAAUCUGUUCGAUGGUCAGCCAAGGAAAGAGAAUUGCGAACCAGCAGACGAUGGAGUCAGUGGAACAGCCAAGCUGUUUUUGGUCAAGGAUUUAAUAGGACUUCUUUUUAUUAUCCUCGAGAAGAGCAACGUGAAGAACGAGCCUUUCGUUCUCUACGCGAUAGCGAUUAGUGGCGUGGAUCAUUACACUCAACCAGUGGAUGCUGAGAAGCAGGAAAGAGCUAAUCACAGAGCACAAAGACGACCGAGUGGUUAUAAAAUGCAGGAGAAGUAUCGAGCUGUGGUGCAAGGAUCUUAUCACGUUACACAUCCUGUAAUUCCAGCCCCACUUCGUAGUCGAACAUUCCUGAUUAUAGCCCUGGCAGCUCUGGUCUAUUCGCGACUGGUGAACGCCAACAAGUGGACCAGUGCUCUGAUCGAUCUAAUUUUUAAUCAAUCCAAUAUAUAUUUCGUCGAUCUGGUACGCGUUCUCGAUAAAGAUUUGGACGACAAAGAGUUCGAGCUUCGUUUGGACGAUAUCAUGGGUGACAUUAUUCUCGGAGCAUACUCCGCGAAAGUGAAGAUUCGAACGAACAUUGUCCCAGGUCACGGACAGAAAAAAGGUAAACUCGGGAUUGACGAUGGUAUACGCGAAUUCUUUCAGACUCAAGUGACCGGUCUGCUCGAGAUAAAGAAUUUCUUCUAUGCAAUUUGGAGACACGACGACACGUACUAUUUCAUGGAUCCCUUUGCCUGUGACGAAGAAGGAUUCCGAAGUAGUUCGGCUGAGAUAGAUGGUUCAGCGAAUCCUGGGGAAGCUGCUUGUGUGACGAUGAACAGCUCGAUCAAUCAAGUGGUGGAGACCAUUAUGGAGAACACGGGUAGUAGGGACAGAGAUCCUUUUGUGAUCCACGGGGUCCGAGUCCUGUACGUGAAGACUGGAACCACACCUGGUGGCCCCUUGGAGAAGGUGAUCUAUCGAGAGAAAGGUACGAACCGCAGGCCGCAGGCAUUAUCGCCAUUACCGACGGUCAAGGACGAUGCGUUAAAGCUGAACGAAGUGGUCGAUAUGAAACCGAGAAUACGACCGGAUGUCGAUAAAAUGAGGGACGUGGAGGUCCAGGUUCCAGAUCUGUUAACAGACGCGGAGAAUUACAUGAUGACGGAUGACGAGCCUACAACUUACGUAAUCGUGCCACCUGAAGAGAAGAAGGAGCCUGAGGAAGAACUUUGGGGAGAAGAGGAAGAGGAAGAAGAAGAAGAUAUGAAGAGAUUGCGGGCGGAAGCUGGCGACAUUACAGAAGAAGAAGAGGAUGAAGAAGGUCCUGAAAUCAUCGAAGAGAAAGAGCCUGUUGAAGAACCAGUCGUGAAGUUAGUCAAGGGUUACAACGUGAUAAAUCCUAAUCGUUUGAUCCUUCAGGGGUCGAAGAACUGCUUGGACGAAAAUUUUGACGAAUGGUCGAGGGGAAAGCAAGGACUGAUAGCAGCUCUCGCGGUUUUGGCUUAUAGAAGAUUGAAGAAUCCCACCAAGUGGCGAAACAUGGAUAUCGAUCAACUGGUCGACGUCAGCAACAGAAUUUUCGACGAGAUUAUAGAUUGGAUUAGAAAGGGACGUCCUAAGACAAGAGAUCCCGAAGAAAUAGUUGAAGAAGAAGCGGCGGAAGAGGAAGAGGAAGAAGAGAAAGAAGGUGAAGUUGAAGAGAAAUUAUUACCUAAACCAAGUCACUUGGAUAUGACGAUGUUACCCCACAGAAUGAAGAUGGGAGAGAACGACGUGUUCUUUAAGACGAAGAUGAAAAUUAUUCAAGGUGAAGCGAGUCCUUUGGCAAAUCUUGCAGAGGCUCUCGAAUGUUACUUCAACCGAUAUCCAGAAUUAAUCCUGGAGAACAGGAGACUAAUGUACGGUAUUUGGAAAGAGGGCCCGAACUUCUUCAUGUUCAAUCCAUACGGAAGUGACACAGAGGGUUGGCGUCUUCGCGACUAUCCGGCUUCAUUUGCAGUAGUAGCUAGUUUGAACGAAUUAACCGAUCUUCUUUACGGCGUGUUGGAAUUCAACGAUCCUUCCUUUAUAAUUCACUUCGUCGGACUGGACUCGAUACAGCCUGGUCUUUAUACUACUGAGGAGGAAAUAAUAGUUCCAGAAGAUGCCGUGGUCGAGCAAUUCAAAACGAGAUUUCUACCGAUCACGGACGACGAUCUAGAAAAGUUACAGGCUGAAUUAAAGGAGGCAGAGGAAGUUGAGGAAGAACCAGAUGUCGUAGACGUGGAAGUUAUGGGCGAAGAAGAGGAAGAGGAGGAGGAAGAGGAAAAAGGUAGGAAACCUGUGAGAAAGUUAUACGAGGAAGAGGAAAAGCCUUUAAUCGAUCCAUUGCUAGAGGCUCAGGAGCAAGAUCAACCUGACGCACCUUAUCGUUUGAACCUAAUUCUACUUACGUCCAACAUGAAGGUCUUUGACGAAAACGAAGAAACCAUUGACCAGGUGCACGAACAGAUAGCCUUAGAAAAGUUAAAGUACAAUCAUCCUCCUCCUUACGUUAUGCCAUCUAGUAAAACAUUAUUGAAGCUUUUGGAAGCGAAACGAGCCAAAAGAUCCAUUCCAUCUUUAGUAUCGAGAUUCUCCAUAGACUCCAGAUUAGAUGUAAAAAGGAAAGGCGGAAUUUCUAUGAUUAUCUUGGCUAGGUCGACGAUGAUCGUACCGUCAGGGGUAUUGGAGGAAGCGAAACCUUCAAAAAUGAUUAAACUGUCUCCGAAAAAAUAUUUAUACUCUAGAAUUUUGCCAAUCUGUCUGAUGCCUCUGAGAGCUAUUAACGACAUAUAUAUACAAGAUGAAGAUCUUGCCACGGCUCUCCGAUUAGAAGAUCUACGGAGGUUGGAGGAAGAACAGAGGAGGGCCGAAGAAUAUGUUCAAGAGCCUGUACCGGAAGUACCUGUGGGAGUUCGUAUACGACCAACGUUGAUACCACUCGGACCGAUUAUUAAAACGCCGAUUUUUGAGAAGAGGACGAUUACUUGUAUUGAAAAGAAGAAACGUAAAUGUUUGUUGAACAAAGCUGACGAAGGCGACGCUUUGAUGGAGAAGGUUCUCUGCAAUACGGAGGAUCUAUUGUUAGAACUGUUCUUCCCUGACUUUAAAACAAAGGAUCAGCAGACAGAACCAAAAGUUACGGAGGCCAAAAUUUCUGAACUUACUAAACCGACGGAAUCUGAAACGACGACGAUUAAAAGGAACACAGUGGGUAAUCAAAAGAAAAAGUCUGUGCAAGAUUCGCGUGGUUUAAAACUGACGCAAGAUGGAAUCCGAAUACUUCAUGGUAACAUAUGUUUCAAAAAUCGCGACGAAGUCCAAAUCUGUCACUUCAAAUCUUGCUUCUUUACCGCUCUGCUGUGUAUUCUGGCGAAGAUCAAACUGGAUCCAGAUCGUUUCUCCGGGAAGAUUCUAGAUCAACUCAUAUUUCUUGGAGACAAGAUCUAUCAACAAACCGGAAAACUACGGUAUAAACCAUAUCGAUGGUUCCAUCAUAUCGAAAUUCUCGACACGAUUUACAACGUGAUCACGAAGCAGGCUGUUUACGCGGAUCCUAAAAACUGCGAGGACGACGAGCUGGAAUUCGUGCUGGACAAUUUCUUCGAGAAAAACAAGACCGGAAUCAUCGUAUUCACCAAUUGCUCGUACGCCUUUUGGACGGCCAACGAUCGAUAUUAUUUGUACGAUCCUUAUCCCUGUGACGAGAAGGGGAAUGUUUCAGAGGAAGGUUACUCCUGUCUUAUGGAAUUUUGCAACAUGAGCGCGAUGAUCGAUAAGAUCGAAGCUAACGUCGGUGAAAAUAUUAAGAAACCCUAUCGAAUAUACACGAUAUGUAUAGCUCACAUGGAGACGAGAAAGAGAGCGAAGAAGAAACGAAGAAAAAAGUGGGUUCAUUGCGUGGAGAAGCAAGUCGAAGAAGUUCGCAUCGAAGAGCCCUCGGAAAUGGAAGUAUCCACUAACGCAUCAGAAGCAUCUCUAAUCGAGUCGGCCGACUGGGUGAAACAAGAAUCGAAAACCAGUCUCGUAUACGAUAUGACGAUUCCUGGUUUCGCUCCUAUUAAACAUUACAACGCCUCGAUGUUCGACGUGGACGUUCUGGAAAACGAAAUCACCGCUCCACGAUUGGCACCUUUUAAAAAAUCUUCUGUAAGGGAAUCGGAGAAGGUAGAGGACGAGUUCGAGGCGAUAAAACUGUUGGUCAGGAGGAAAGUUUACGACAAAAGGUUCAAGCCGCACACAGCAAUCACUACUCCUUUGGAUCUUUGCAUCAUGGCUUGGUCGUUGAUUCACGAUCCAGUUACCUGGUCUGUUAGGACGGUAAAGGGACUGUUCGAGGCGAGUGUCGACUAUACUUUCGACAGCAUGUUGGCCGCGGAAGAUUCUACGGUCAGUGAAAUGACUGAUGGUUUAUUACCCGAGUUUGAGAUAGCCAAUUACGUGUUUCGAGUGGUGUUCGUGCCUCUGCACUAUGGAACCUUGUACAGUAUCGAAGGUUGGAAUCUCUCGAUGUCCUUGCAGAAAGUGUUCGACACAUUCAGCUACACGGGCGCGAUUAUAAUUUGCGGUGAUUCUCAUAUGGGUGUUUUGAAGAAGGAUGAAAAUCAUUUUGCUUGGUGGACAAUUAGAAGAACGAAAAAAUUGAGGAUUGUUACUUCUAUAGAUAUGAAGGAAUUUUUGAAGUUGAUCGUUCAGGAGAUCGAUCAACCCGAGGAGACGGUUUUCAUGAUGAGAGUAAUUACGGUUUCUUAUGCCCAGAAAGUUGAUCCUGACUGUAACGAUACAAAAGGUCUUCAUGAGCCAGUGAUACCAAUCAGCUCGCUGGCGGAAAUCCAUAGAAUGCCAGCUAAACCUUACGAUCUCGAGGCAAUAUUCAGGCCUACCGUGCCAGAAUCAAAUAAACCGAUCUUUAUACAGGGAACGGUUGCCCUGAACAAUAGAGAUAAUGUGACCGAACCGAGAGUUAAAAGAUGUUACUUCGUCGCUGCUCUAGCGGUAAUGGUGAAAAGAGAUAUCAUUCAGAGUCCCAUGCCAGGAAUGAUAGAUAAAGUGAUCGAGGUUGCUGAAUCAGUUUAUAGAGAAUUUUCGGAGCCCAAGUUUCAUACGGAACACAUUUUGCGCAAUGUUACUGUGAUGAAUAGAAUCUUCGAUUUUCGCGACUGUGCAUCUCCUUUGGUAACGCUUACGUUAAACCCUCGAACUUUGAGAACCGACUUUUACGUUCAGGUUAGAAAGCAUUUGCGAAAAUAUUUUAAAACGUACGCAAGUGGAAUUCUGCAUUUCACCAACUGCUGUUACGGUUUCUGGUAUUCGAGAGCCACGAACGCGUAUUACUAUUUAGAUCCUUACCAGUGCAAUGAAAAAGGGAGGAAAGUUUCAAACGGUGGUAAAGCUUGUCUGUGUAUCUUCCCCAGUAUUUGUCAGAUGGUGAGAAACAUGUGCUUUAAUCAGUUCGAAGACACCUCAGGUUUCUUUAUUCAUCGUCUGCACGUGGACUCGGUAAACGUGCCAUCGUUCAAAACGUUCAAGGAAGAUCCUAUGUGGUUAUACCUGGAUUAUCAUUGGAACUUCAGACACGCUCCGGAUAUCGUAAAAUCAAAUACCAAGAAGAAAAAACAAGUGGAAGAACCGGAAAAGAAAAAUGUCAAGCAAUUCUGGAACAAUUACGCUGUCGAGGUGUCCAAUCUUAUCUAUUCGGUUUGGGGAACCAUUGGCUCUUACGAUUCCAGAUUCGGCGAUCGGGCUGGAAAGAAUCAGGCAGCCAUUUGCGUGGCUGUUUUGGCCAUGCAAUAUCUCAGUCAUCCAUCGAGAUGGGGUCCGGCCAUUUUGGAUUCAGCCGUCAUCUGCGGAGACUCUUAUUAUACGGAAAGCUUAAGAAGCUCCAUCCAAAAAUGUGCCAAGCAUUUCAACAGGUUCAAUUUACAAACCUCCUUCAAGAUCUUUCCCCACUUGUGGACUAUUGACUUCAGAGAUGGUAUUUGUGGAAUUUUAUACGGUGCUCGAAAUAGGAUGACUCUCGCGACUGCACUGAUGAAAGCUUUCGAAGAGUCACCGAACGUUCUCAUCGAGUGCAACAAAAUCACGUUAGCAGCCCUUGCGGCGAAAGAUGGAUACUACGUCGCUGAUCCCUGUUGGGUCGGACCACCCCUGUUUAACAAGGACCAUGGAGCGAUCUACGUCCUUCGUUGUAAGAACAUGAACUCCCUGGUCUACGCGGUGAUCAAGAUGCUUAAUACUAAUCAAAGACUCGAUUUCCGUUUGACUCCUAUCAUGUUCACGUUUGAACAGGAGGACUUUAACUUUGUUGAAGGAAAGAAACGCGAAGCGAAAAGGAAGGUCUUCUUGGAUCCUAUUAGAACUACUCCAGGAAAAGCCACUGAUCCUGGUAUGCCUAUACCAGGCGCUCACACGGCCCCAGACGGGGCUUCUUAUCUCAUGUAUCACAAGAAUCUUGAAAUGGGCAUGAGCAGAGGCCACGAACUGGAGAAUCCUGAAUUGCCUUCGGUAGAGCCAGUGUUGGAGAAGGAUAACAUGACCAGCACACUCAUUAGUACUACCUGGCAUCUGAAUCUCGGUCAGGCCGCUCCUUUGGAGAAAUCUACGCCUGUGUUCGAACCUCGGCUGAUCCAACAUGUGCCGGAACAGUGCGAGGCACGGGUCGUUGAUUCAUUCGAGCCAACUCGCCACGAGCAAAUGUCUAUCACCGACCUGCUGGCAGCCUGUGACGAUUAUCCAAGAGUGGUAGAUUUCACUGGCGAACCUGCUCCACAGCUAAGACCGCUGGAAUGCGCCGCCGCGCGUAGUUUUCUUAGCGACGUUACUCGUCAAGAAUUUCGUGCUCAUACCGCGGACAUGGCCAGCGAAGUUUAUAAAACUUACAAACAUCGGCUUCCCAAGAUAGCAAAGGAACGAUCAGUCGCCGGCGAUAGCGGAAUACCCGUCGAAGACAUUCAUCCCAUCACCGAGGAGGAAAUGGAAGUGGAGCAGAACUCUCCUGACACCGAGGCAGAGACGGAGGGCACGGAAGAUGAAACGUUUACGGAAACGGAAGCUACUGAAACCGCGGAAGAUGACUAAUGCACUGAUAAUUGUAACAAAAUUCUGAAUUAUUGUAUUUGGGUAAUUUAUUUUAUUUGCUUCGUCAAGGAUUUUAGAGGUAGCCAGGUUAGUGCUUAAUCUCUAGUAUUUUGUAAGGUCUGUUGUUUUAUUAUGUGAUAUUUAAAUGUAGUCGGCAUUAUUUUGUGGCUAAUGAUUUUUUGAUGAGACGUCU